AGCACCCUGUGUUGCUGCUCAGUUUGGCCACAGCGACUUGUGCGUCUAUUUUGGUAUCUUCUGAGUUUGCUAUCAGGAGCCUGGCCACAUCAGUGCAUUUUAAACAUGGAUCUGAGGGCUUGACUCACUUUGGUCGUACUUUACUGGUUUCUUCGACUCUAUACUGAGGAUUUGUUUGAUACCCGAGUCUAGAUUGGACCCUCGCCCUCAGAAUGAGAGCGACCCAUCACCAAGGAGGUUUACAUAUCCCACCACUUCCCUGAUAUAAACCUGAGCUGCAAAACCAAUAAAGACCUACGGAGCUGCAGCAGCUCUAGAGGAGACAAGACUGGUGAUGCACAAGACAGAAAGACACUUGUUGACAUCAUGAGCUGUGUGGAAAAGCGACACGUGAGUCAUCGGGUGGGGGGCAUGCUUCACCAUCGCUUCCCCAAUGGCUUCACUGACUUGUUCAUGGAUGAGACGGAUCGCGAGGUCAGCACUCUCACUGAUCGAGCCUUCCGAAGUCUCUGCGUUGGAGAUGACGCAGUUUAUAAUGAUGAGUUGUUGUAUGGAUAUUCACCUUUCAGCUGCCAUAAACCCUUGGCAGGGGAGCCUCUUAAAAAGACUCAUCAUAAGGAAUCUAAAAAGCAAGGGCAAAAAAACUGUGACAAAAAAGACGCCCAGCCCUGGAAACAGCAGCAGCAAAAGAAAAUAUCUAACAUGACAUCUUUCCUUAAGGCACUGAGUGCCACAGAGGAAAGCUGUGAGGGGAUGUUAAUCAAAAAUGGAGGUAUUACGGAUUCUAAUGGGGAAUCAUGGGAUAAGUCAGCACUACGCAGCAUCCAAAGGGAGUUAUCGGAAUUCUCCACGGAUUAUCAUACCAAUCUGACGGAGGGACAUUACAAGAACCAUCAUCGACAUCACCCCAGUGGUAGUUCAUCUAACAAAACAGGCAAAGAUGCUGCCCUGCCCUCAGGGAAAUCCUCAAAGAUCAAAAACGGGAAAACCACUGUCAAACUAAGGAAACUUAACAUCAAAAACUUUUUCCUCCACAGUGAGUUUAGCCCUUUCCAAACAUGGAGAGAUUUUAACCAGUUCUCCUUUGGCCAAGAGGAGACAGCAUCAUCUAUUCUUCCCACAGAUAAUAUCCCUAAAUGGUACGACUUGCCAUUUUACAAGGAGCUCACAGAUGCACAUAGAAAAGAGACUCUGCAUACAGUGGAGGGGCAGUCAUGCCAGAAAGCAGCAGCAGAGCCCCCUCCUCCCACUGCUCCUAAACCCAUCCCUCCCCCUCCUCCACCAAAAGUCCUGCCAAAGCCCUCAGCUGCUCCAGCUGAGAAGAGGUGCUCUUCGGAGGGAGGAGAUGGGAUUGCCCCCUGGAGGCGCAACAGGUCAAGGGCAAAAAGUGCAAUUCCAGUUAAUCAGCCAGGAAUACCAAGUCAGGUCAAUUAUUUAAAGACAGUAGAUGAAACUCUUUUGUUGGUCAAGGAGCCUACAUCUGUGGAGGUGAAAGCAAUUGAGGAGGUCAGCUCUUUGGCCUCUACUCCAUUCAGCAUCUGCCAACUGAUGACUCCUCUCAUUCCCUCCAGACAACCAACGGAAACGUCAGAGAUCCUCUCGGUCCUCUCACCCUCUGUCCUUGACCUUCCACUUAGACCGCACUCUGAGGCCAAAGUUACCCCUGAACCUCCAGUCAAGAGGGACAGCUACAAAUCACUUGCCUCUAGCAUCCUCUUCAACCUCAAAGACAAUAGGAAAAGGGUUAAAAGUCGUUAUAGCCCACCUAAAUUCAAAACUAUAGAGUUGCCUGAUAGUGGCAUCCAAUCUCCACAAUCAGAUCAUUAUAAGCAUCCACAAGCUGGCUCUGAGGGCAACGCAUCUGGCCUAAGCACCCCUGCCAUCUUUAGAGAUGGACAGACAGUUUGCAGUCCUAUCUUGGAAUCGAAAAACAGCCCAACUGUUUGUGUUACAAACAACAAUACCAACAGGCCUCUAUCAGAUGACUAUUUGUUAUCAAAUCUACUGCAAACGAAUAGGGAGGCUUGUUAUGGUGAGGAGAAUCUGAUAUCACCCUUUACACGCUCUAAAAAGAACAAGAGCCCCAUGGGUAAGAAGCAAAACUACCCCUCUCUGAAUUUGUACAAGAAAACCAAACCUGUUGAUAGUGAUAUGAAAUAUGUUCAAGUUCCUGUGAGCAGUGGUGCUCCUGUAUGCACAGACCAACCAACUGUGACAGAUGAACUUUCACCACUAAUGCUCAACAAAGAGCUCUCCCCAACUGCACUGCCAACAAACACAAGGCCUUUGCCAAACACUUCAAAUGUCAGCAAAGAUCUAUCACCCAUAAUUUCACCCCAUGCCAUUGAGAACCAGAGGUUGUCAUCAAAUUUAUCGGUAGGGAAAAGACUUACAGAUGUACCAGACAAAGCAAAACAGCUGGUGAAAGACACAAAAGAAAUAGACUCUGGAGCUCAGCCUGUUUUUAAGGAAAAAGAGGCUAGUGGCCAAACCAUGAAUACUAUGGAUUUGAUCAGAGCAGCGAGGGAAGCAAUUAAUGCAGCAAAAAACAAAGCUCUGUCUGCGACUCAGCCAGAGAGCAUCGAUAAGCCAAUUUCAGACAUAGAAGAAAUGAAAGAGAGAGAAGUAGAUGAGAAGGUUGCUUAUGCAAAGGAAAAUGUUAGCAACAAGAGGGAUGGUUCAUUAUUAGAAAACAAAGUUUUCUCUCAAAGUAGAAAUGAAUCAACUGGCACAGUGCUGGUUGGUCAAAAUCUUGUCAAGAAAGAGCCACCGCCAGUUCCAAAGAGAAAUUUUGCAAAAACUGAUGUUGAAUUUACUUUUGACAAACAUCAGACACAUAAUGUUGACAGGUGUAAUUCAGUGGAUGCAAAACUAAAUUUACCAGAGAAAGAAAAUGAAUCUGUCUCAAAACAAAUGAAGAGCAAACAUAUAUUCUCAGCCAGACAGAACAAUUACAUAAAAAAUCAGAGAUUUGCAGUGACAGAUGAUGAUCAAGUACAGGAAUAUGAGGAACGUGAUCUUAAUGUGAGUACAAGGUCAGAGGUGGAUGAGAAUAUGAUGUCGGUGAAACAAGUGAGAGAUAGCGAGCAUAUUAUGAAUGAUUUGCAUUCUCUGAAAGAGCUGCAGAGAGCAAAGCUUGGCGAUCGCAUUCUUGAGAACGCCAGGAACAAAUUUGGGAUUAUAAACAUUGAUGAGGAGGCCAGGGCUAAGAAUGAUUUGAUCUCAAGGGAGCUUCGUAAUAUAAAGAAGGGCAUGCUAUCUGUGAGAGGGAACACAUUAGCUAAGAGAGAUGUGUUUGCCAAGACAGAGAAAGAACUGAGAAAGCAGGAGGCUUUCACAAAGAUAGACAAUAACGUUGUGGUAAACAAAGCACUUAUAAAUGACAAUUAUGACAAAGCCAAAAUGGCACUUGAAGAGAUCAUUACAGAGAGGGAGAAGAGAAGGAAUAAAUUCCCAGAAGACGAUAAUUCAACAUUUGAUGACAACGCUAGUGAUGAAUGUUAUGUAACAAGGGGACAGCAAUGUAAAAACACAAUGAAUGAUUCAAUGAUAGAGGGCAAGGAAAGACAAAAUGGCAGCAUUUCUGCAGUAAAGGAGAAAGAACUAAAGGAGAGGUUAAGCGAUCUGAGAGACCGCAAUCUUGUGAGGCAGAUUCUGUCACAAACUGAACCUAGAUAUGGUGAGACCCAAAAACUGGGUGGUAGGAAAGCUCGAGCUAGCAAUGAGCUAGACUCACUCCUUAAAACUAAACAUGUUAUUGAUAAUCCUAGCUAUGAGUCAGAAGUGGUGAAUUUCAGAGAUGUAGCGAGACAAGUGUCUGAAGACAGUGGUGAAAGUCUGAGUAAUGAAAUUGGAAGCACAAAGUUAGAUGCUCCGCCUGUUCCCCCUAGGAGUAAAAAAGGAGACAAUAGAAGAGAUGACAGCAUUAUUAAGGAAAUAAAUAUUUCAAAUGAUGCAGUAGAUGAGGAUGCCUUAGACGAAGUUGUGAAAUAUGAAAAUGGUGAGUUGUGCUUGAGUGAGAUGAGGACAGGCUCAGGAAAACAAGAAGAAGAAAGUGAACAGUUCACAAAAGAAACUCUACCCAUUCAAAAUGAACAACUUUCUGAUAAAGACAUGUGGGAUGCGGUAAAUAAAGCAAAUUCAAAAUCUAUUACAGCUAGUCAUGCAGUUAAAUGUGAGCCCAUCUCAUCUUCAAACUACCUACAAUCUGAAAAUAGCUUGCACUUAUCACCAAAGUUCAAGGGAGAUGAAAACGAGCCAACUAAUUUACAGACAGUGAGCACCAAAGUGGAAACCGCAUUUGAAAACGCAAAGUCACAGGAAGCACCUAAGGUAAAGAGAAAGGCCCCUUUAAGACCAGACCAUCUGCUAAUCACACCAGAUGACAAAGUAACCAAGAAUAUCGUUGCAGAAGAUGAAUCUGACAAAACAUAUAGACACAUAGAGGAAGUAAAUGUAGAUACAGAGGCUAUCAGUGAAACGCCCAGAAACAUAAUGUCACCUUUACUACUGGUGAAUGGUGUUAGUGUCAAUCAGAGCCCACCUGAUCAAGCUAGCUUGUCCUCAAAAUCCUCUUACUUCUCUGCAGAUAGUGCACUGCAGCGAAACACUGAGACUGAGUCCAACAUUUACCACUCGCUGGAGAACUUGAUUGGAGAGGUGGAGGAGGAAAUGCAAAAUGUUUCACAAAACAUGAAACACGAUUUGGACAGGAAUGAAGUGGAAUAUUAUUCUUUGAGUGAUCAUGAAAAUGAGUCAGAGGUCAUGAAGCGAGCGAUAAAAGUACUUCAAAAAGAGGCAGAAGUUGACAGCACGAUCAGAGACAAUAUAACUGCAGAUGAAAGUUUAUCUCAUGACGAAAAAACUCCGACCCCAUUGUCCCCCUCUAACACGUUCUCCCCAACUUUGGCAAUCCCGUCUUUAUUUAAGGUCAAAGACAACACUUUUAAUGUUAAGUCAAAGAAGACACUACAACCUUGGGUACUGAGAGGUAGUCUGGGGGGUUCAGAGAGGGGAGAUCAAGCAAAGGAAGCCCCAGAGCUCACACUGGUUAAUGAGACCACUACCAGUGAGACCUUACCUCCAGCAGAAUCCUUGAUACCUAAAAUGAUGGUAACCAACGAUUCGCCUCCUCUGCUGCCUUCACCUUCAAAUCUACUAAAUGAAAUCCCAAAGAAACCCCAACUUGGACAGUUCCUUACUGUCCAACAGGAGGAAGACAGGUUGUCUGGAGUGAGUCCAUCAUCUGAAGGUGUGGAGAGCCUAACAAUCAGCACAGCUGAGAUGGGAACGGGUGCAGGAGUCCCAGGAGAGCGUGGUGUGUCCAAGGUUCCUAGCGAAUGCUCAGGAUCAACCUACAGUGGAAAUGAAAGCCAAACUGGGUUAACCAAACCACCCGUUGUCUUACCCAAAUCUGAAAAGGCUGUUCUGAAAGCCAUUAAGCUGACAAAUAGAAGAAUGAAGAAGGAGGAAGCCCAGAAGUCCCCCCACAAGCCAUCUCAAAGCAGCAGCAAACACAGAGCAGAAAGACACAAGGCUGACAAAACUGAGCAAAAAAGUAGCAGCAGCAGUAAGAAUAGCAAGAGCAUCGAGAGAAAGCACCAGCAUCAGAGUGAAGAUCACCAUGGUAGAAAAAACCGUGAAGGAAGUGAGCAACUACUCCCUGAAAAAAGAGCUCACAACAGUGAAAACCAGCAUCAAGACAGAACAGAGAUGAACCGCAAUACUACGAGACGGAGCCACAAGUCGGCGGAAAGCAACAAGCUGAGCAAAGAAGCACUACCCAGUGUUGCAACAGAAAGGCAAGGCCGCAGCAGCGACAGACACAUUCGAGAUAACACCGAUAAAAGACAUUACAGCACUGAUAGGGUCAUCAGUAACGUACCUGUGUACAAAUCUCACAUCAGCCCCAUGUCAGACAGACCAGUCCAGCGGUCGCAAAGCAUUGAUAGAUACUUGGGAGAUAAAGUGGAACGCAGGUUUAGUGCCGAUAUGUCAGUGAACGAGAGGUUUGAUCCACGAACGCAGCGCAUUGAGAAAUCCAUCAUGGAUGGGAUUCAGCAGAGAGGCCGAGCCAGAGACAAGGCGAGCAGAGAGAACCCAUUGAGAAGGAGUCAGAGCAUUGAUGCGUACAGCACCGAAGCAUCUCACCCUCCAACUCUGUCCCGCCAGUCGAGCCAAACCAGCCAGCAUUCACGCCAGUCCAGCAUCGAGCAUGCCAUUGUUGCACAGUCGUUCCCUAUGACCCAACGUAAGCUCCUCCAGGAUCCAGACUCGGGGCAGUAUUUCUUCGUCGACAUGCCCAUACAAAUCAAGACAAAAACGUUCUUUGAUCCCGAAACAGGAAGCUACGUGCAGCUGCCAGUACAGCCCCCAGAGGGUGCUAUUCCUCAGGCUUCCCCCAUGGAGGUCUUGACCCCACCUCUGGUUGUUUACCACAGCUUUGUGCCAGUGCCUCUGUCCCCCAUGGCUCAGAAAGCUACCGUUCAAACUGCUGUUUUAGAGCCAGAGGAGUUUGAGCAGAGAUGCCUAGAAAGGUCAAGGCAAAUGCACUGUAAGGAGGGACAUCCAUAUUUAGAGCCUGUCUAUGGUCAACAUGACCACAUACUGGGGGAGUUCUUGGGCACUGAGGAGCUGGACUGUCCAAGCUGAUAGGUCAUGAAGUUCCAAAGGAAAAAAAUCCCCCUUCCUCGUAUGCUGUUGUCUCUCAUCAAAUUGUUGUGUUCAUUGCAUCCCAGGAAUUAUUUUAUAAAGAAGUGUCAAAUUUUUCAUUUUCAUUCAACCUACCAUUUAUACUUUUACUUUAGCAAUUUCCCACAUUAACCACAAUGACUUGUUUUUGACAUUUGACUGUUGAAUGUUGAAUAUGAUGAAGCCCCUGAGCUUUCUGAAAUUCAAAUGCUGUUUGUCUAUGAUCGAGUAUAAUGGCCAUAUUGAGGAAAAACUAUUUCCAGAAUAAAGUUGUAAUAUUAUGAGAAUCAGGUUGGAACUGAAUCAAGGUUCAAUAUUUUCUGGAUGCAGCUGGUUGACUCUUGUUUUGCUUUACUUGCCUUAAACUUUCAUGAAACACAGAAGCUGUGUGGGCUUUGUGAAGAUCUCUUUCAUAUUUAUAAAGAGGGAGUUUUUUGACUUGAUUGUAAACUGCGAAGAAUUCAUGAAUUUGUGAGUGAAUGAAGAGUUGCUGUUGAAUCUUGUCGUUUGAAUGUGAUUUUAGGGAUUUGUGUAAGACAAUGUGCAAUUUUCAUGACAGAAAAUGGACAUGGAUGAUCCAUGUACAUAAUGUAUUUAAGUGUACACAGAUAGGGUAAGCUUGAAUGUAAAUGUGGAAUAUUUAUUGUUUGUUAUAUUGAACUACAGUGGUGUUUUGAUCUCUACUACUUUUCAGGUAUUGUGGCCUUUUUUGUUUUAUUACCUGCAAAGUUUGUUGAAAAAAAUCAAACCUUUAAUUUGUUACUGAUUUCAGCUGAUUGUUUUCACGCAACUAAAUUCAGAGUCUUUGCAUGCUGAAGUUGAAAUUGCCGUUACACCUGUUGAAUAUGUCUGAUACGACAUAGAGUUAAUUUAUAUCAUGUAAAUGCUUGAACUGGCAUGAUUGAAAUCGAUCUUUUUUUUUAACAAGCAGAGGAUAUAAAGGAGAAUUGAUUUUGCAGGUUUGUUGCAUUGGCAUUUUUCUAAACUAGAAUAAAGCAGGGCUGUAUUGUGUCUGUGAUCCAUUCCAAUA